GACUGAACCCCACAUCAGCUUCUCCCUCACUUUCCAUUUCCCCCCAUCUGAACCUCCGCCGCCGCGCCGCCGCUGCGGCCACCGCCAGAUGGCGUCUCUCGCUUUGACCACUUCCUCCUCCUGCUCCCUCGCCUUCAAUUCCCUCCCUUCUCUCAAAUCCCGCCGCCUCCCUUCUCCCACUCUCAGAUCCGCCGCUCGCCUCUCGUCCCGUCUCCCCUCCCUCUCCUCCUCCGCCUCCGUCGCCGCCGGAGGAAGAUUCUCCUUCUCUCCCCUCGCCACUCCCUGCCUCCUCAAAUCUAAUGCCUCCCCCCGCACCUUCAGAAUCCGGGCUUCCUCCUCCGAAGCUCCAGUUCCCGUUCCCGCGGCGGUGCCCGCGCCAGCCCCGGUGCAGCCAUGGCAAGGGGCGGCGAUGAAGCCGCUGCUGGCCUCGAUCGCUACAGGAGUCAUUCUCUGGUUCGUCCCCGUACCGGAAGGAGUGACCAAGCAGGCGUGGCAGCUCCUCGCAAUCUUCCUCGCCACGAUCGUCGGAAUCAUCACGCAGCCGCUGCCGCUCGGAGCCGUCGCGCUGAUGGGAUUGGGUGCCUCCGUACUGACCAAAACCCUCCCCUUCGCCGCCGCGUUCUCCGCCUUCGGCGACCCGAUCCCGUGGCUCAUCGCGCUCGCCUUCUUCUUCGCCCGCGGGUUCAUCAAAACGGGACUAGGUAACCGAAUCGCGUACCAAUUCGUGUCCCUGUUUGGAUCCUCUUCCUUAGGGUUAGGUUACAGCUUGGUGUUCAGCGAGGCGCUUCUCGCUCCGGCGAUCCCGUCUGUCUCGGCUCGAGCCGGAGGGAUCUUUCUCCCGCUCGUGAAGUCGCUCUGCGUCGCCUGCGGUAGCAAUGUGGGCGACGGGACGGAGCACAAGCUCGGUUCGUGGCUGAUGUUGACUUGUUUCCAGACCUCGGUGAUUUCGUCGGCGAUGUUCUUGACUGCCAUGGCGGCUAACCCGUUGUGUGUGAAUUUGACUAUGAAUACGAUUAAGCAGACGAUUGGGUGGACUGAUUGGGCUAAGGCUGCAUUUGUUCCUGGUCUGGUUUCCCUGCUCGUUGUCCCGUUGAUUCUGUACAUCGUCUAUCCGCCAACGAUCAAGAGCAGCCCUGAUGCGCCCAAAUUGGCCAGGGAGAAGCUGGCAUCGAUGGGGCCGAUGACCAAGAAUGAGAUCAUCAUGGCUGGAACUCUGCUUGUCACGGUGGGUCUCUGGAUAUUUGGUGGCGUGUUGAACAUCGAUGCUGUGACUGCUGCUAUUCUCGGGUUGUCGGUCCUCCUAAUCUCCGGUGUGGUGACAUGGAAAGAAUGCUUAGCCGAGUCAGUAGCGUGGGAUACCCUAACGUGGUUUGCAGCCCUCAUCGCCAUGGCAGGGUACCUCAACAAGUAUGGCCUCAUUUCCUGGUUCAGUCAAACCGUUGUCAAGGUUGUUGGUGGACUAGGGCUCUCAUGGCAGGCGUCGUUCGGCAUCUUGGUCCUCCUCUACUUCUACUCCCACUACUUCUUCGCCAGUGGCGCGGCUCACAUUGGUGCGAUGUUCACCGCGUUCUUGUCCGUGGCUAGCGCCCUGGGAACCCCGCCUUACAUGGGAGCCAUGGUGCUGUCUUUCCUCUCGAACCUCAUGGGAGGACUCACGCACUACGGUAUCGGGUCGGCGCCGGUCUUCUACGGCGCCGGCUACGUCCCUCUGGCCCAGUGGUGGGGAUACGGGUUCCUCAUCUCCAUCGUCAACAUCGUCAUCUGGCUCGGAAUCGGCGGCUUCUGGUGGAAGACCCUCGGCUUGUGGUAAACAAAAAGAAGAGAAAGACAGGAAUUUGUCGAUUCUUUUUGCCAGCCACUAGGUGAGUGGUGGUUUGCUGAGAAUUUGAUUCUUUGGCCUCGUUUUUUUGCUUGAUGAUAUUAUUAUUGGCGGGGUGUAGUUACUAGGUGGUAAAUCGUUGGAAUUGCAAUAUGAGAUUUUGGGAGGAUACGAAUUUGCCAAAUUUUUCAUUAGAGAAGGGGAAAUUUGACAUUUGUUGUAACUCGAGAACCUUUUGACAUUUGUUAGGCCUAUUCAAAAACUGGCUGACUUGCUUUCUUAUGAUGAGUUUGGCGGGAAAAAGUAAGCAAGUGAACAUUUUCCCGAG